AUGGCGAUCAGAAGUUCGAUUCGUCGGCUAGCCCAAUCAGCGGCUGCCGCAUCAGCCGCGAAUUCCGGUCGAUCUGGAGCAGCGACCGUCCUCGCUGCAUCCGUCGCCUCCGUUGCCGCAAUCGCAGCCGUAGAUUCACGCGUCGCAAGAUCCGACGAUUCCGCGGAUCCGGCGGAUCGACAGAACUUGGCCUCAGUGGCUUCCGCGGGAUCAUUUUGGGGGAACAUGUUGGGCAUCCGCGGAGGAGGUGGCGGAGCUGGCGGAGGCGGCGGAGAGACCUCCGCGGAUCAUCUUCCCGCGCCGGGACCUGCGCCCGGGGGCCUUCCGCCGGGCGGAUCUGGCGCAACUGCGGGGGCUGGAAGCACGGCCGCGGGGGAGGGAACGCAGCGACAGAGGAAUGACAAUCCCAACCCAAGGACGACGGCGGCAGGAUUCGAUCCCGAGGCUUUGGAACGCGGGGCUAAGGCUCUGAGGGAGAUCAACAAGUCCUCUAGUGCUAAGCAGGUGUUUGAGCUAAUGCGCAAACAGGAGGAUGUGCGCCUAGCGGAAGAGAAGGCGCGGAUCGCGGAGCUGGAGGUUCACAGGCAGCAGCAGGAGACGGCGCGGCAGAAGCUGAUGUACGAGGAGCAGCAGAAGCUGGUGGCGCAGCAGGCGCAGACCAAGGCGCAGCUCGCGCGGUACGAAGACGAGCUCGCGCGGAAGAGGAUGCAGGCGGAGCACGAGGCGCAGAGGGCGAGGAACGCAGAGCUGGUGAAGAUGCAGGAGGAGUCGAGCGUGAGGCAGGAGCAGAUCCGACGGGCCACAGAGGAAGAGAUUCAGCAGCAGAAGCGGCAGACGGAGUUGGAAAUGGCAGCGAUCGAGAGGGAGACGCUGAAGCAGAAGGCCCUGGCGGAGGCAGAGGCGCGGGCGCACGAGGCGCGGCUCAGUGAGGACGUGAACAGACGACUGCUGCUGGAGAAGAGCAAAGCAGAGACUGAGAAAUGGAUUAGCGCCAUUAACACAACCUUCGGGCAUAUUGGGGGUGGUAUCAGAGCGCUGCUGACUGAUCAAAACAAAAUGGUGGUGACAGUUGCGGGAGUGACUGCGCUGGCUGCUGGCAUCUACACCACCAGAGAGGGUGCGAGGGUGGUGUGGCAUUACAUCGAUCGCCUGUUGGGGCAGCCUUCUCUAGUGAGGGAAUCUUCCAGAGGCCCCUACCCCUGGUCGAGGAGCCUCAGGCGCCUCUCCUCUGCUCUAUCUGCGCCCUUCUCCCGCGUCCCCGCUGCAACUCCCGGAACUGCUGCUGCCGGUGAGUUGUGCUGCUGUGGGUAA